GGGUGGUUCAAGAGGCCAUCGGUCACAUUAAAGGUCACCCCGUCGCAGCUUCGAUCCGGCUCAGCCAUCCGUCCCAUUAUUACCACAGCGAUAAUCCAGUAAUCUGCUAAUCAGGAGCUGUUCGGGCACAGCGUGGAAAACUGCGAAGCAAUAAAAUGAACCAACGUCUGCACACUUGAGCUCCGAAAUGUUGACACGUUCAAACAGCACAAGAUACUCGGCGAGUUCAACUCAGACGCCGUCCCAGAGACCGGAGCAGCAUCCCCGCGUUAUUGCAGCCAGGCUUCCUUCAGCUGUUCCCGCUGCACCUGCGUGAGCCGCUCGCCCCUUCAGUGAAGCGAACCCACAGCGCGAUCACAGCAGCAGUGCGUGGAGCCCGGAGAAGCGGAGACGCGAGUGAGCGUGGCCGGGAUGAAGCAGGAGCGCACGGACCGUUUCCUCCGGUAAACGAGCGGAGCAGGAGUCUGGACAUCACCGGCGGGAAGCGGAGGCGGAGGAGGGGGGGAAUUCGGGGAUACAGCCAUGGCGACGGGAGGAGGAGGCGGAGGUGGAGGAGUGAGGCGCAGGAGGAGGAAAGCGGGGCUCCCGGGGUUCUGCUGGAAGACCUGCUACUUCCCGCUUUUGUUCUGGGUCGUUUCCGCGUGCGGGGAGGAGAAGACGUUCAUCGUGGAGACGUGGCUGAAGAACUACGGCUACCUGCUGCCUCACGACGUCCGGACAUCAGACCUGCGGCAGGAGAAGGCCAUGCAGUCUGCCGUGGCCGCCAUGCAACGCUUCUACGGCAUCCCUGUGACGGGAGUGUUGGAUGAGACGACUAUUGAGUGGAUGAGGAGACCUCGCUGUGGCGUCCCAGAUCAUCCUCACACCAGCCGGCGGCAGAGGAACAAACGCUACGCGCUGACGGGACAGAAGUGGAGAGAUAAAAGGAUCUCAUACAGCAUAUCCAACUUCACCCCCAAAGUUGGAGAGAAGGACACCCAGAGAGCGAUUCGACAAGCCUUCAAUGUGUGGCAGGCCGUCACCCCGCUCUCCUUCCAGGAGGUGCCAUACUCGGAGAUCAAGAACGAGGGCAAAGAGGCUGACAUCAUGAUCUUCUUCGCCUCUGGUUUCCACGGUGACAGCUCCCCAUUCGACGGAGAGGGGGGUUUCCUGGCCCACGCUUACUUCCCCGGCGCCGGCAUCGGAGGAGACACGCAUUUUGACUCCGAUGAGCCCUGGACGCUUGGCAACGCCAACCACGACGGUAACGAUUUGUUCCUGGUGGCGGUGCACGAGUUGGGGCACGCGUUGGGUUUGGAGCACUCCAACGAUCCCAGUGCCAUCAUGGCUCCUUUCUACCAGUACAUGGACACGCACAACUUCAAGCUGCCGCUGGACGACCUGCAGGGCAUUCAGAAGAUCUACGGCAUCCCCACAGCCAUGCUGGAACCCACCCGGCCGUUACCCACCUUACCCUCUCGACGGACGCAUUCGACCUCCGAGCGCAAACACGACCGGCAUUCCCGUCCGCCGCACCCGCCCGGUAACCGGCCCGCACUGCCUGGAAACGGCAAACCCAACAUCUGCGAUGGCAACUUCAACACUGUGGCCUUCUUCAGACGGGAGAUGUUCGUGUUCAAGGACCGGUGGUUUUGGCGUCUCAGGAACAACAAGGUGCAGGAGGGCUACCCCAUGCAGAUCGAUCAGUUCUGGAAAGGCCUGCCACCUCGCAUCGACGCCGCCUACGAGAGGACUGAUGGCAAAUUUGUCUUCUUCAAAGGUGAUAAGUACUGGGUGUUCAGGGAGGUCACAGCUGAGCCAGGGUACCCUCACAGCCUGGUGGAGCUGGGCAGCUCCCUCCCCAAGAGUGGCAUCGACACGGCGCUGCGGUGGGAGCCCGUCGGGAAAACGUACUUCUUCAAAGGGGACCAGUACUGGCGUUACAACGAGGAGAAGCACACCACAGACGCAGGAUACCCCAAACCCAUCACUGUGUGGAAGGGAAUACCAGACGCUCCGCAGGGGGCCUUCAUCAGCAGGGAGGGAUACUACACCUACUUCUACAAGGGGAAGGAGUACUGGAAAUUUGAUAACCAGAAGCUGACUGUGGAACCUGGAUAUCCAAAGUCCAUCCUGCGUGACUGGAUGGGCUGCGACCAGUCCGACAUGGAGCGCUCCGGCAACAACGGUAACCCUGGGGACCGCCAGCUGCCCCCGGAUGAUGUCGGCAUCAUUGUGACCAUCAACGACGUCCCCCCGACAGUCAAUGCCAUCGCCGUGGUGAUCCCUUGCAUUCUGUCGCUGUGCAUCCUGGUGCUCGUGUACACGAUCUUUCAGUUUAAAAACAAAGGAGUCCAGCAAAACACCAUGACGCAGCACUACUAUAAAUACCCUGUUCAGGAGUGGGUAUGACAGCCAACUUGAUUUGGAAUAGGUCAAAGGUCAUGGAUUGAAGUACGGUCGAGCUGUAGUCAUGCGUUAGCUAGCUAAUGUAGGCUAAUGGCCAAAAAUGCUAGCAAAGGACAAAGCUAAUGAAUGCUUAUAGAUGUACGCACACUCAAAAGGUGUUUUGGGGAGUGGAUUCAGAUUUCUGGCUCAGAGUGGGAGAGAUUUGUUUCCUAUAGCACAUCCAGAAUGAUCUGAAAGACUUCAAAAUUCAUCUUUCUGGUUGUGCUUUUACUCAAAAUGGGAUCAUAUGAGGGGGAAACAUUGACUUUGACACCUUCUUCUGGGACGUACAAAACACCGCUCUCCUGCUCAGUGAAAAUUUAGAAAGAGGGGAGAAAGAAAGAUGCUCCUCUAAGCCAGACAUCACCUCCAAGUUUGUUUUAACAACUUGUAUAUGUGAACUGCUACAAGUCAGAUGAAAUUUAAUGAAAAAAAGAGAAACAGUUUCAAAUAUCAAACUUGAAAAUAAAAUAUAGGUAGAAAGGCCAUAACAAAAGAAAACCAAGGAUCUCUCUGUGGAUCUCUGAUGUUUGAUUUGCGUUCAGCUGUUCUGAGAUGUUAAACUGUCAAAGAGGACCUUUUUCUCUCU